UUCGUGGAAGCCCCUAAUGGGGUGAAAAACAACUUAUACACAUUUUGGCAAAAAUCGGAUCUCCAAUUAUCCCGGGGAUUAGAUUUUCGCAAAUGGGGCUCAGUUUACGCGCGUUUUACCCAUUUACAACACCAACCUUUUACUUAUAACAUCACCGUGACCAACGAUACCGGAGGAGAACGCAUGGGAACUUGUCGCAUCUUUUUGGCACCCCAACAAGAUGAACGAAAAGUUGAUUUUGUCUUUAGAGAUCAACGAACGAUGUUUAUCGAAUUAGAUCGAUUCACUGUCGCGCUCAAACAAGGUCCCAACACGAUAAAACGCCACUCCAAGGAGUCCUCCGUUACGAUUCCAUUCCAUAAAACGUUCGAUAACGAGACGACUUCUUCAAUUACACAAUCGGCUCGUUCUGAUUACUGUCGGUGUGGUUGGCCCGAACACAUGUUGAUACCGAAAGGGACCGAAGGAGGGAUGAGAUGUCAACUAUUCGUGAUGAUUUCCGAUUAUGAGCUAGAUAAAGUUGGUGAAACAACAUCCAGCAACGAAUGUAAGGAUGCUAUGAGUUACUGUGGAGUUAAGGACCGGAAAUACCCGGACAAACGAGCUAUGGGAUAUCCAUUCGAUAGACCGUCUACUUCCACGACUUUAAACAGUUUCCUUACAUCUAAUAUGAUUGUUGUAAGCUGCAAAAUUUUCUUCAAUGACCGUGUGGUGCAACCGCAUAAACAACCGUUGUAGAAUUGAAGCAAAAAUUAAUGUUGACGACUUGAUUGCGAUUAAUGGAUUAACGAUUCAUGAUUCUUUGUAUAAUUAAUAUAAUAUAUAUUGUUGUUGUGUAUUUAAUGAAUCCACUUGAAAAAACUUAAUAAAUGUUAUGAUAUAUUUA